AUGGUUGGAAAUUUUUAUUUAUCACGAGCUUUUGAAAAUUUCCAACCAGAGAACGUCUCAAAAAUCAUUAUGUUCAAUCCUGGUACUGUUGAAAAAUCACUAUCCAAUGGAUAGCGUUAUCCAUCCUUCGUACAAGGAAAGUGGCAUGGUUUUGAUCAGAAUCAUCUGAAAAGAUUUGAAAAACACUUCAAACUUUCAACAAGGCUCUGUUAAUUGUCGUGAAUUUGACUAUGAUAUAUAAAUAAGCAUUUGUUAUAAUAGACCCUUAUAGUGACGUCAAACGCGCCAACGAGCCAAUAAAUUUCAAUAAGAAAUAAUAAUCUUUAAAAUUUAAUAGAUUCAUUGUCAAUUAGCCUUUCUCACAAUGACGAAUAUCCGCCAUUUUUGGAUGGCAUCUAAUUCUCGUAAUCUCGUUAACCAAUGCAGACAAUUAAAACAAUGUGAAAAGCAAUUUUUCAAAAUAAACUAACCAUUUACAAAGCAAACUUACCAUAAUUUGUCCAAAAAAUUAUAAAAAGUCGCUGUUAUGUGGACUUAUCUCGCAGACCUCGGCUGAAAUGCCACCCAAAAAUGGUGGCGUGAGAAAGGCUAAUCAGUUUCACAAUUUUUUCGUUAUAGACAAACUGUUCAGGUGUUCCUCACUUGAAAACCUCUCGUUUAAGAAACUACAGGUUUUUAUUUAAGUUCCAUUUUAUUUUUCAUUUCACAGAAAGGCAAUGGUCCGCUUCAUAUCGCGUGUUUGGCAGGACAGACAAAAGUUGUUCAGAUACUUUUAGACAACGGAGCCAAUGUCAACUUGAAAGCUCAGGUAUUUGACAAGUUGUUGUGUUGUUUUUGUGUUGUGUUGCUGUGCUAUGUUGUGUUGUGUUGUGUUGCUGUGCUAUGUUGUGUGUUGUUUUUGUGUUGUGUUGUGUUGUGUUGUGUUGUGUUGUUUUUGUGUUGUGUUGCUGUGCUAUGUUGUGUUGUGUUGUGUUGCUGUGCUAUGUUGUGUGUUGUUUUUGUGUUGUGUUGUGUUGUGUUGUGUUGUGUUGUGUUGUGUUGUGUUGCUGUGCUAUGUUGUGUUGUGUUGCUGCGCUAUGUUGUGUUGUGUGUUGUGUGCUGUUUUUGUGUUGCUGUGCUAUGUUGUGUUGUGUGUUGUUUCUGUGUUGUGUUGCUGUGCUAUGUUGUGUUGUUUUGUGUUGUGCUGUGUUGUGUUGUGUGGUGUUAUGUUGCUGUACUAUGCUAUACUGUGCGAUGGUCGUUGUGUUGUCGUCUGCUGCGCUGUCGAGUGCAGUUAUUUACCGUGUGAUGUUCUACUCUGUUUCUGUUUGCUAAAUUACACAUAUGUUUGUUUUAGAAUGGUUUCACCCCCCUGUACAUGGCAUCGCAAGAGAACCAUGUCGAAACUGUAAAACUUCUCCUUGCCAAUGGUGCUAACUUGCAAGCUUUGACGGAGGUGAGCAAUUACAUUGGUCGUAGAAAGUUACUAGUUGUUUACGAUGGUUUAGAGAAUUAGGAAUAUUGUUUGUAAACAAGGUAAAAAAGUUGUUACUGUUGUUUUUCUCGUUGUUGUUGUUGUUGUUGUUGCUGUUGCUGUUGCUGCUGCUGUUCUUGUUGUUGUUCUUGCUGUUGUUUUGUUGGCUGAUGAUGGCUGAUGGUGUAUUGGGUUUGACUUUGUUUUGGGCUUUACCAUGAACGAGGGCUUUACCAUAGUUUGUUUUCAAUAUAGGAUGGUUUUACUGCACUGGAUGUCGCUGUGCAACAAGACCACGAGACUGUCGUAGUUGCUCUUCUGCGAAGUGAAAAGAGGGUAUGAUUACUACGAACUUCAUUAAAGUACGACUAACAUCAACUAUGAUUUUUUGUAUGUGUAAUAUUGCAUGGUCGAAGUAAAAAGGUAAUAUAUCUUUAUAAUAAUGAAUCCCAUCUCGAUAAACGUUUUCACUGUCAAAGUUUCCGGAUAUUGUGUCAUUAAGCAAAUUGCAAAUUAGUUUUCCUUUGUUUUUUUGUACCAAAAAUUCACCUAAUGACAUCAUAUCUGGAACUUUGACAGUGAAAAAGUUGAUCAAGAUGAGGUUUUUUAUUUUAAAGAUACAUUACAUUUCUUCUCAGAAUGACCCAAAUAUUACACAUACCAAAGUUAGUCGCAUUUAUAAUUAUAUACAUGACAAAAUUACUGCCAUCUGAUCCGGUAGGAGAGUUAUCAUCGGCUUAUGGUCCUGUGGUCCGAUACUUUUCCUACCCCUGCUAAUUCCCCAGCUGACAAUUUGUGAAACCGUACUGUCUUCAAUUGCAGAAAGGUUUUCAUGCUCUACACGAUGCUGCGAGAAAGGAUCUCACGAAGCCAAUCAAAUUUCUUAUCCAGAAAGGACAUGCAGUUGAUAUCAGAGCUCCGGUGAGUGGGUAAUGAACUGUUGUGCCAUGCGUUGAUAUGUUGUGUACACGCGUAAAAACGCACAGCUUGUAACAAGUCUGCAAACAAGUUGUUACAAGUUUGUUCACAAGCUGUCAACAAGUUGUGUUCGCACUGCUUGUUCUCAGUUUGUUGUAACAAGUUUGGAACAAGCUGUUAACAACUUGUAACAAGCUUGAUGGCAUUAUCAGCCUUGUUACAAGACUGUGCUAACAAGUUUGUUACAGCCAUGAUAUAACAAGGAUGGUACAAGGUUGUCAACACAAGGUUGUAACAAUCUUGUUAUAUCAAGCAUCUAACAAACUUGUCAGAACAACCUUGCAACAAGUCUGAUAAUUUUGACAAGGUUGUUACAAGUUGUCAACAAGUUGUUCCAAACCUGUUGACAACUUGUGACAAGCAGUGCGAAUACAUCUUGUUGACGGCUUGUUGGCAGACUUGUUACAAGAUGUGAGAUUUUUACCUGUGUAGUAUGGUGUUGUGUUGUGCUGUGUUGUGUUGUGUUGUGUUGUGUUGUGUUGUAUGUGUCAUGUGUGUUGUGUUGUGUUGUUGCUGUGUUGUGUUGUGUUGUGUUGUGUUGUAUGUGUCAUGUGUGUUGUGCUGUGCUGUGUCGUGUCGUGUCGUGUGUGUUGUGUUGUAUGUGUUUACGAUUUUCCAACUUUGUGUUCAAAUAAAGAAUGUAAAAAUGAAGAAAAAUACAGGCAACAAGAUAUACGGAUGAAACCGUUUAUGUAUAGGUUCUUUUAUUUUUAGUUUUAAACUCGUUUACACUACAGAGUUUUUGUCACGAAAAACAAUUGUUCUAUGAAUUUGUUGAUUUUUCUUUUAUCGCUCCAGAAACACAUUCUUAUUCUGCUAUAUUCGUCUUUUCUUUUUUCCACAUAGAAUGGUUUUACACCCCUUCAUAUCGCUGCAAAGUACAACAGUGCAAAUGCCGCGGUACUCCUGACUAAUAGUGGCGCUGACAUCGACGCACUUACCAAGGUAUCUGACUUUUUAUGCCUAAUCAUAAAUUUUACAUACAAAUUUUAGUAGAAAGGUUCACGUUAAUUGCAGUAUCUGUGAUAAGACAUUAGAGGUGGUCUUUGCUGGACCUCUAGGAAGAACAGUUUAGAACUGAUAGAGCUAUCCAGUAUAAAUAAAGUUAGUUUAGUCUACGUUUCCUACUGUAGUAACACUGGAUUAAUAAGAGAUGAUCCUUACUGGAACUCUAGGGAGAACAGUUUAGAACUGAUAGAGCUAUCCAGUAUAAAUAAAGUUAGUUUAGUUUACGUUUCCUACUGUAGUAACACUGGAUUAAUAAGAGAUGAUCCUUACUGGAACUCUAGGGAGAACAGUUUAGAACUGAUAGAGCUAUCCAGUAUAAAUAAAGUUAGUUUAGUUUAGGUUUCCUCCUGUAGUAACACUGGAUCAAUAAGAGAUGAUUCUUACUGUACCUCUAGGAAGAACAGUUUAGAACUGAUACAGCUAUCCAGUAUAAAUAAAGUUAGUUUAGUUUACGUUUCCUUCUGUAGUAACACUGAAUAAAUAAGAGAUGAUCCUUACUGGACCUUUAAUUUAGAAAUGAUCAAACUUAGAUUCCCCCCUAAGAUCUGAAUGAAAUUGUUUUAUUCAAACAACUGUCUGGAUGAAAUUUAAGUUAAACUCAAAUGUAUGCAAUCAUUAAUUUUAGACCUAUGCCAUUACUCCGUUACAUGCGGCGUCAAAAUUUGGUCAUGCAAAUAUUGUCACUGUGCUUCUGCAAGCUGGUGCAAAGCCUGAUAAACCAAACAGGGUAAGAAAAAUAUUGAUCAGUAAACCCAGACCGUUCAUUAUAAUGAUAUUAUUUAUGCCUUGGUAUAAGAAACUAUAUGAAAACAGGGUUUCUCUUCUUCGGUCACACUGGAUCAAAUGAGGAUGAGUGAUGGCAAUCCCGC